AUGACCUCGGAUAUCAUUGCCAUCAACCCAGACUUUGCUACCCCACAGGACGUCCUCAUCGUUUGCAAUGCCGUCGACAGCGAGACAUCAAACGACGUCGGGUUCUACGUCAACUCGGCAGUCCUCCGUGCUUCCUGGCCACCCGACUAUGAACCUGGCGCCGUGAUUCGUAUCUCGGUUGAUGCACCAAGCACCGACAUGGAAGUCCUCUUUCGAAUGAUGCACGCCGGCUCAGCCGCCGUCACAAGCAUCCGCGUAACCCUCAGUCAAGUGUUACACACAAUACCACCUCUAAUGACGCGAUUCAAAGCCGACCCUACCCUCUGGUCACUCCUCACAACCUACCUCCCUCCUUGGAAGCUGUACGGUCUCGAGCGCGGUGGAAACGGGUACGUGCUGAGGGAAAACAUUUGGGCCGUGCUCUUGCUUGCGCAUCAGGCGCGCGAUGCAAAGAUCUGGGCACAAACUGUCGGCCUUGGACCCGGCUGCCGUCCACCCGAGGCAGAAUAUGCGCUCCUUUGGGAUCCAUACAGCGUCCGACGGGCUGAGAUUACGCCAGAGCGCGAGACCAUCUACCGAAUCCUAUUGGCAGUGGCGCGGAUGCGUGCCAGGACCGGCGUGCUCGUCGAUUUCGAGUAUACACACCAACACCUCGUCAUAUCCUCACGCAAGACGCCAGAGUUUAAACUCUACAUUGAACUCGAGAACCGCGACGAUGUAUUCCUGUAG